UUCCCAGGAAGGCAAAGCAUUUGGUUGUGGGCUCUCUGGGAUGGAGCGCAGGGCCUGUGGAUUUUAGCUGGGGACACACUGGCCUGCUCUGCUGUAACGGGACAGGACAGUAGACAGGAGAGGACAGGCUGCCCAGGAUAGCCCAACCCCAGGAGCUCCUCACUGGCCGCACUCAAAACCAGUGAAGUUUGGUUUUGAACUCCCCAGUCAGUCUGUUGAAACACAGUCGGAUCUCUUCCCAUGGAGACCAAGGGAUCUGAAGAUCUGGAAAAAUCUCGGAGGAAAUCAGUGAGUGGUUCAUGGAAAACUGAUGAUGAACCAACCAAGGUGAGACCUGAGUUGCUCUCAGAAAAAGAAGAGCCUCCCCACGCUGACCAGGAGACCCAAGACAAAGAACCUCAUCAUUACAUCCCAGUUAAAAGAAAUUCCAUCUUCAAUCGUGCUAUGAGUCACAGAAGCAAAGCCAAGGUCAUAGAUACUCCUAAACAGAAUGCCAGCCACCUCGCAGAUUCACAGGAAAAUGGAAAAUCUAGAAAUGAGCCCCUGACCUUGAAUUGCCCCCAGAGCAGAAUGCCUCCCCAGAGAGCGCCAAUGCAGACAGGCCCAGGAGCCCAGAGAACGAGCGAGUCGUCCUCCACCCUGGGAAACGGGGCCACGCCCGAGGAGUGCCCGGCGCUCGCCGACAGCCCCACCACGCUCACCGAGGCCCUGCAGAUGAUCCACCCGAUUCCUGCCGACUCCUGGAGAAACCUCAUUGAACAGAUAGGGCUCCUGUAUCAGGAAUACCGAGACAAAUCGACUCUCCAAGAAAUCGAAACCAGGAGGCAACAGGAUGCAGAAAUACAAGGCAAUGACAAUGGGUCCCCAGCCAUCGAGGACACCCCAGAGGAGGAGGAGGAGGAGGAGGAAGAAGAGGAGGAGCUGGCAAGCCCGCCUGAGAGGAAGGCCCUGCCUCAGAUCUGCCUAUUCAGCAACCCCCACUCGAGGUUUAACCUCUGGCAGGAUCUUCCAGAGAUCCGGAGCAGUGGGGUGCUUGAGAUCCUCCAGCCCGAGGAGGUCAAACUGCAGGAGGCCAUGUUCGAGCUGGUCACUUCUGAGGCAUCCUACUACAAGAGCCUGAACCUGCUGGUGUCCCAUUUCAUGGAUAAUGAGCGGCUGAAGAAGAUCCUGCACCCUUCAGAGGCCCACAUCCUCUUCUCCAACGUCCUGGACGUCUUGGCCGUCAGUGAGCGGUUUCUCCUGGAGCUGGAGCACCGGAUGGAGGAGAACAUUGUCAUCUCCGACGUGUGCGACAUUGUGUACUGUUACGCAGCCGACCACUUCUCGGUCUACAUCACUUACGUCAGCAACCAGACCUACCAGGAGAGGACCUACAAGCAGCUGCUCCAGGAGAAAGCAGCUUUUCGGGAGCUGAUUGCACAGCUGGAGCUCGACCCCAAGUGCAAGGGGCUGCCCUUCUCUUCCUUCCUCAUCCUUCCUUUCCAGAGGAUCACGCGCCUCAAGCUGCUGGUCCAGAACAUCCUGAAGAGGGUAGAAGAAAGGUCUGAACGUGAGUGCACUGCCUUGGAUGCCCACAAGGAACUGGAAAUGGUGGUGAAGGCAUGCAAUGAGGGCGUCAGGAAAAUGAGCCGCACAGAGCAGAUGAUCAGCAUUCAGAAGAAGAUGGAGUUUAAGAUCAAGUCGGUGCCCAUCAUCUCCCACUCCCGCUGGCUGCUGAAGCAAGGGGAGCUACAGCAGAUGUCAGGCCCCAAGACCUCCCGGACCCUGCGGACCAAGAAGCUCUUCCAUGAAAUUUACCUCUUCCUCUUCAACGACCUGCUGGUGAUUUGCCGGCAGAUUCCUGGAGACAAGUACCAGGUGUUUGACUCAGCCCCGCGGGGCCUGCUGCGCGUGGAGGAGCUGGAGGACCAGGGCCAGACGCUGGCCAACGUGUUCAUCCUGAGGCUGCUGGAGAAUGCCGAUGACCGGGAGGCCACCUACAUGCUGAAGGCAUCUUCUCAGAGUGAGAUGAAGCGUUGGAUGACCUCGUUGGCCCCCAACAGGAGGACCAAGUUCGUGUCGUUCACAUCCCGGCUGCUGGACUGCCCCCAGGUCCAGUGUGUGCACCCAUAUGUGGCGCAGCAGCCAGACGAGCUGACGCUGGAUCUCGCUGACAUCCUGAACAUCCUGGACAAGACCGAAGACGGGUGGAUCUUUGGCGAGCGUCUGCACGACCAGGAGAGAGGCUGGUUCCCCAGCUCCAUGACUGAGGAGAUCUUGAAUCCCAAGAUCAGGUCCCAGAACCUCAAGGAAUGCUUCCGUGUUCACAAGAUGGAUGACCCUCAGCGCAGCCAGAACAAGGACCGCAGGAAGCUGGGCAGCCGAAAUCGGCAAUGACGCCCGGCCUGGGCCACCAGCCUGGCAGAGGGAUGUGGGCAGGCAGGAACAGGCCUGGCAGGCAGCCCCAGCACACGGCGGAGGGCUCUGGGGAAGGACAUGCCAGUGCCUCCGCAGGCAGCAGCAUGAGACUCGGGGUGCCCACCCCUCAACCCUGCCCGCGCGGUGAGUGCUCAUGUGUCUUGGCCCCCCCGCAUACAAACUGGACAAAGGGAGCCCAUGCCUCUCCUGAUGCGUUUAUAAACGGGAAAGUGUAUUUUAAGCAGUAUUACACCACCUCUCAAAGGGGGUGGAAGGGGAUGGGCAUGCUCCAGGGAACAGAAGAGGCCCCAGACCCAGGGCGUCCUGGCGGGGGACAGGCGGAAGGAGACAACUGCGAUCCCUUGCACGCGUCCUUCCCUACCUUGGGAGCCGUUAGAAUCUACCAGGCAUGCAGAUGGGCCACCCUUGCCUGACGGGGCUUGAGGAGCAGCCCUUGGUCCAGCUGCCUCUGCCCAUUCCUCCCCAGGCCUCUGCCAAACUCUGGCUGCACGGCCAGGCCCUGCUCCAUGGCAGGCCUACCAGAGCUUAGCUGAGGGCCCAUGCCACCUCUGGCUCCCCAAUGGGCUGGAUGUCACUUGAGUCUUCUGGCCCCUUAAGGAGCCCAGGUGUUUUAAGGAAUGAAUUGGUCACUGCAUCUUAUGUUGGUUAUGGUUCUGAGAAAAGCAAGUAUCACUUCUGGCUGCAUUAAAAGAAGCAUCACAUAUAACACAAA